GAAGCUCAGACAGUUGUUGUACUGAGAGGUGAAAUGGCGCAGAAAGCAGUUCAUCUGGAUCGAGAGACUUUCUCUUGUCUGAUCUGUUUGGAUCUACUGAAGGAUCCGGUGACGACUCCCUGUGGACACAGCUACUGCAAGAACUGUAUUAAUGAUCACUGGGACACAGAGCAUGAGAAGAGGAUCUACAGCUGCCCUCAGUGCAGGAAGAGCUUCAUACCGAGGCCUGAGCUGCUGAAAAACACCAUGUUAGCAGCUUUAGUGGAGGAGCUGAAGAAGACUGGACUCCAAGCUGCUCCUGCUGAUCACUGCUAUGCUGGACCUGAAGAUGUGGCCUGUGAUGUCUGCACUGGGAGGAAACUGAGAGCAGUUAAGUCCUGUCUGGUCUGUCUGGCCUCUUACUGUGAGAAACACCUCCAGCCUCAUUAUGAUGUGGCUCCAUUAAAGAAACACAAGCUGGUGGAGCCGUCAGAGAAGCUCCAGGAGAACAUCUGCUCUCAUCACGAUGAGGUGAUGAAGAUGUUCUGCCGUACUGAUCAGCAGUGUAUCUGUUAUCUCUGCUCUGUGGACGAACAUAAAGGCCACGACACAGUGUCAGCUGCAGCAGAGAGGACUGAGAGGCAGAGAGAGCUGGAGGGGAGUCGACACAACAUCCAGCAGAGAAUCCAGGACAGAGAGGAAGAUGUGAAGCUGCUUCAGCAGGAGGUGGAGGCCAUCAAUGGCUCUGCUGAUAAAGCAGUGGAGCACAGUGAGAAGAUCUUCACCCAGCUGAUCCGUCUCAUGGAGGAAAGACGCUCUGAUGUGAAGCAGCAGGUCAGAUCCCAGCAGGAAACUGAAGUGAGUCGAGUCAAAGAGCUUCAGGAGAAGCUGGAGCAGGAGAUCACUGAGCUGAAGAGGAAAGACGCUGAGCUGAAGAAGCUCUCACACACAGAGGAUCACAACCAGUUUCUACACAACUACCCCUCACUGUCAGCACUCAGUGAGUCUACACACUCAUCCAGCAUCAACAUCCGUCCUCUCAAGUACUUUGAGGAUGUGACAGCAGCUGUGUCAGAGCUCAGAGACAAACUACAGGACGUCCUGAGAGACACAUGGACCAACAUCUCACUGACAGUGACUCAAGUGGAUGUUUUACUGUCACUACCAGAGAACAUGACCAGAGCUGACUUCUUAAGAUAUUCAUGUGAAAUCACACUGGAUCCAAACACAGCAAACACAUAUCUGUUAUUAUCUGAGGGGAACAGAAAAGCAACAUACACAAGACAACAACAGUCCUAUUUUGAUCACCCAGAUAGAUUCACUCGGUGUCCUCAGGUCCUGAGCAGAGAGAGUCUGACUGGACGUCGUUACUGGGAGGUGGAGUGGAGAGAGAGAGGAGUUGAUGUAGCUGUUGCAUACAAGAAUAUCAGCAGAGCAGGGGACUUAUAUGAAUGUGGAUUUGGAUACAAUGACAAAUCUUGGUCGUUAUAUUGUAAAACCAAUAAUUAUGAGUUUUGGUACAACAAAGUCCAAACUCCCGUCUCAGGUCCUCUGUCCUCCAGAGUUGGAGUGUACCUGGAUCACAGUGCAGGUAUUCUGUCCUUCUACAGCAUCUCUGACACCAUGACUCUCCUCCACAGAGUCCAGACCACAUUCACUCAGCCGCUCUGUGCUGGACUUCGGUUUGGCUGGUUUUCUGGAGACUCUGCUGAGUUUUGUGAACUCAGUUAGACUGAAGUCAUUUCAGGGUCAGUGGGUUAAAUUGUGGGUUUCAUUUCUUCACACUUGUUGUGUUUCCAUCAUUGUUGCUGAGAGCUGAUUGUUGUGGCAUUUCUUCACUGCACACAGAUCAACCUGUCAAUCAAACAUUGUGGGAGGUACUUGACAACUCUUGUCGUUUUGUAAAUGUUGGACUUCCUUUUAGGCAACACUCUUUAGCAUGUUUUUAGCCUCCUGGCAUAUUAUCACAUGUACCAUCUGAAACUACAAUAUUUUAUAGCUCAUUUACUGUAUGGUGCUGUACCCUAAUUGCAGGAUUUUCUUGUAAUGUACCAUCUUUUUCAUUCUUUUUAUUCAGAAUGUUGCUUUCCCACAGUGCACUGUAAAAGCAUAAUUACAGGGGUUUACUGUCAGGAUUUAUUGUGAAAACCUGCUGUUUGCUACCACUGUACAAUGU